AUGAUUAUCUACCAUGACCUCAUCAGCCACGAUGAGAUAUUCUCCUACGUCUACAAGAUCCGUGAGAUUGCGGACGGGCAGUGCUGGGAGGUGGUGGGGAAAAUGGUCAGUAGGAUAGAAGGUAUCAUUGAUGACUCGCUCAUUGGUGGGAAUGUCUCUGCUGAAGGCCCCAAGGGCGAAGGUACCAAAAGCACAGUAAUCACUGCUGUCGAUAUUGUCAUGAACCAUCACCUGCAGGAAACAAGUUUCAUAAAAGAAGCCUACAAGAAGUACAACAAAGAUUAUAAGAAAUCAAUCAAAGGCAAACUUGAAGAACAGAGACCAGAAAGAGUAAAACUUUUUAUGACAGGGGCUGCAGAACAAAUCAAGCACAUCCCUGUUAAUUUAAAAAACUACGAGUUCUGUAUUGGUGAAAACAUGAAUUCAGAUGGCAUGGUUGCUCUACUGGACUACCGUGAGGAUGGUGUGACCCCACAUAUGAUUUUCUUUAGGGAUGGUUUGGAAAUGGAAAAAUGUUAACAAAUUUGGCAAUUAGUUUGGAUC